AUGCUCGCCACAUCACCUGCUGUCCAGCUACCCCGGGUGAGUGACGGGCACGACUACACAACGAACGGUUCGAGCUCGACAGCCGCUGCAGGCCGAGCGGCGGCGACGGCGGCGAACGCCGAAGGUUGGGCAACGUUGCCGAACUCGCUCGACGGGAUGCACUGGUGGUAUAAUCGGGGUUUGAUCCAACUCAACUUCUUCGUGAGUCCACACUGUCCAUUCUGACCGUCCCUGUACUUCGAGUAGACGGAGUGGAGGCUCGUCUGUGCGAACACCGAUGGUGGUAAAUUACGCAGCCGUUUUUUUUCACAGGCGCAACGGCCGGGUUGAAAAGGGGUUGCUCUCCGCACGUCUCGUUCUCAGCCUUAGACUCUCCUGCCGAGGUUCUGGCUCUGGUUAUAGGCUUCCACAGACUCAACGACCUGUAUUCUGUCCCAGGUAUCGGUCCUCUUUUGUGCCCAAUGUCUCAAUGGAUUUGACGACAACUUGACAGCUGGCCUACAAGCCCUCCCCUCUUGGCACACCGCGCUCAACCAUCCAUCACAGAGUGACAUCGGUUUAAUGAACGCCGUGUUCUACCUUGCCGGACUCUUAUCUGCGCCUAUCGCAGCUUACAUCGCCGAUCGCUUCGGUCGACGAUGGUGCGUUCGCUGGGCGAGCUUGAUGAUGCUCGCAGGGACUGUGAUCGCCGUGACCGCGGGAAUUGAACCCUCGUCUGGGUACACCUUGUUCGUCGUUUCGCGGGCCGUUUGUGGGAGUGGUUUGGCGUUCAGUCUUAUCGUUGGACCUAUCCUGCUUCAAGAGUGGGCACAUCCCAAGCAAAGGGCCUUGAUUGGAUCGAUGUUCAAUUUGAACUACGCUCGUGCGUGUGCGCAGCGAAGUGUUCUACCCCCCCGGUAGCUGAUUAACCGUUAAUGUUGUGCAGUCGGCUCGUUCAUCGUGGCCUGGAUCAUAUUCGGUACUUCGUUCCUCCCCAACAACUGGGCAUGGCGAAUCCCAACCCUCCUUCAGAUCGUUCCAGCGCUCUACCUCACUAUCGUGAUCAACUUUGUCCCCGAAUCACCGCGAUGGCUAAUGUCCAAAGGGCGCGAGAGGGAAGCAAUGGCCUUCCUCGUUGCUUAUCAUGGGAAUGGUAACGCUCAUGAUGAGCUUGUGGUGUUCGAGUUUGAAGAGAUGAAGAAAGCAAUUGGAGCCGAGCACGCGAAAGGUCGAUCAGGAAGUUGGCUCCAGUUGUUCGCUACGAAACGGAACAGACGUCUUACCGCGAUUGGUAAGCUUCAUGUAUGAGUCUUGUAAAAAGUGUCUCAUCGUGUUUGUGCUUCUACCCGCACAGUGAUCCUCAUCUGCUCGAUGCAGAACUUGUCCGGCAGCGCCAUCGUUGGGGGCUACUACACGCAAAUCCUCGACCUCGUUGGCAUCACAUCCCCCGCCAGUCAAACCGGCAUCAACGGGGGCCUAACUAUCGCCGUCAUUGCCGGAGCCCUCCUAGGUUCUUACCUCGUCACUCGGACCCCUCGUCGACGCUUACUACUCACGUCCUGGAUCGCUCUCAUCAUCGUCAACGUCGCCUUCGUCGUCACGGCCCAGCAAUUCGUCACCCGAGCCUCAAAAGCCGCCGGGGCAACCCACGUCGCCCUACUUUUCCUCUACCUCUUCAUCUUUUUCAUCCCCUGCGGCUCCCUCUUCUUCUCUUACAACGUCGAAGUGAUGCCCUAUUCCCUCCGUGCUCAAUCCCAAGGUCUUUGGGCCGUACAGAACAAGGCCAUCUCCAUCUUCAACGGCUACGUCAAUGCGAUCGCGCUGCAACGUAUCAGUUGGAAGUACUACCUCGUUUAUACGGGGAUUAUGGUCGUGCAACUCGUGUUGGUCUACUUGCUUUGCGUCGAGACCAAGGGUUAUGUAGGUGCCCCUCGAUCUGCCCAAUCGGAUGGCAUUCGAGCUGACCUGUGUUUGACUGCACGCUCCAAAACAGACUUUGGAGGAGAUUGAAGCUCUGUUCGAUGGCAAGGCCUCAAAGGCUCGGAUCGCAGAGACGGAAGUCAACAAGAACGAAAAUAAUCACGACGAGUGA